UGGCCCCAGUGCCCCCUGUACCCUGCUGAGGCCGUGCCACCCCCGCACCCCACAGCAGAUGUGCCGGGAGCACUAUGUGACUCAUGCCCAGGCAGGGAGCGGCGAGCCCUGCGUCUCUUCCCCCACCCACACAGCAAAGGGGUUGUGCAACCGCAUGGCACCGCAGAGCUGCAGCCAGGUGCUGGGGAGCGGGGGUUGGGGAUGGCACUCUGUGCACCCUGAGCAUUGUUGGAAUGCGUUGCCUGGGUGCCCUGAGGUGCAAAACCUCGUAGAAGGGAAGGGGGACCUCGGUGCACAAACCUGGGUGUGUGAGCACGGGUGUGGGGUUGGGUGCUGGUGGUCCCCAGGGGGAGUGGUGGGUGCACAGGGGCCGCUGUGUGCUGGGUGAAUAUCACUGCCUUUCCCUGGUUUAAGGUGACCUGCAACCACAGCACGGCUCAGCCCAUGUGAAACCACCCCCCACCCCCCUACAGCCCAGCUCUGCGUGGGUGUUUGUAAUGGGAUACACACUGAUGGUGCAGAUAACCCCCUGCACGCAACGGCCAUGUUAAGGUUAUUGGCCCUUAGCACAAUGCCCCCCACCUCUGGGGGCAUCGGAGCAGGUGGGGUGGGCACUACUGGGUGUGAGGUGGAGGUCUGAUGGAUGCUGCCCAGUCUCUGUGCAUCCUGGGGGGCAAUGAGGUGCCCUGGGGGAUGGGGAAGGGUUAAGCAGUGCAGGACCCUGAGGCAGCUGCUCCCUUCCUUCUUCCUCCUUGGCAGCAGGCCCAUGGGUUCUGGGGGUUAUCGUCUACCUGGACAAGCAUGGCUGGGACUUAGCAGCAAACAAUGUGGGGUGGGCAUGGGGCUGGGGUGAGCACCCCCUCCAUGCAGUAUUGGAGACCUGAGCCCACUUUGCCAUCCUGUGGCCUUUUGCAGCCCAUUCAGUGGUGUCAGGAGGUGAUAACUCUAAGUGCAUCUAAUCCUUGAGGUGUAAGAUGUGUGUUCACCUUAUAUAGGGUCAUAAAACCUCGUGGCUAAAGCAAGGGCUGAAAGGACGACCCCAACCACCAGCACAUCCUCAGGGCUGGGGCAUGGCUGUCUCUAUGGGCUUGGGGAGCUGUUAGUGGCAUGUGGCAUCCCCACAUGGCAGUGGUGGCUGGAGGAGGGCUGGCACAGGGCAGUGCUCACCGGAGGAGCCGCCUCGUUGCAUCACUGCCCCUCGGACAGAAAGGAAGUGCCAGCAGUGCCGGGAGCCAUUGUGGCCACGCUAUGGGGCAGCUGCUGUGGAGCUGCGUGCUGUGGGGACUCUGGGUGCUGCCAGGUGAGUGCCGGGGUCGGCCGCGUCAUUGGGGCAGCUGGGCACACCACGGUGCCAAGGUGGCGUGGGGCUCUGUCCUGCAGCAGCCUGCAUGGUGGGGAGGAGAGAUGGGCAUCCGGUGGAUUACAGUGGGAACCAAAGGGCCGGUUGCUCAACCUGCCCUUGCUCACACCCAAGCCCCACCAGGGAAGUCGGGAGCAGUGGGCACGGGGCCCCUUGUCCCAGCACAGGACUCAGCAGAGCUGGUUGGCAGCUCCCACAUGCCUGACAGCAUCAGUGCCAAACAACAUCUGGAUAUAUCACCCACUGUGCCCGAGCUGGGCAUGUGCCAGCUGUCCCCUGGCCGAGCGGAGCAGCCCUCUUCCCUCAGGGAUGGUUCAGUGUGUGGAAUUGCCUUCUGUCUCCUCACAGGCAGUGCAGUGCCGCAGAUGGUGCUGGCAGCACUGGACCUCAUGAGCUCUAGUGAGGAGCAGGAGAUGCCUUCUAGUGCAGCAGGCUCUGGGGGAGCAGCAGGACGAGACAGUCCCCAGGCAGGGCUUCCCUACCCAGAACAAACCAACUUGCUGACCAUGGCUCCUGGCACCACUCGAAACUCAUCCCCUCUUCCAGGAGGGCACUCAAUGGCUGUAACCCAUGGGAAGAGGGAUGCAGAGCCACCUACAGCCACGCUGACCCCAGCUCUGCAUGUGCCCACGGAGGAGGGGACAGACUCCCCUGUGCUACUGGGCAGCAGCAGCACUCCCACAAAGUCUGUGGAAGAACACAAUUGCUUGCAGAGCACAGCUGGGCAGCCCACACCAGGUACAGCUGUACCUCUACAAGAAGAGAUCGUGGACCUGGAACAUGUAGGUUCCACCAGCAUGUACAGGAGGUGUCCAGCACCCAGUGGAGGUUUGUUACCACCAGUGACACACUCACCUGCAAAUCCUCUGGUGCUGGGGACAGAAGCACCUUCCUCAGCCACCAGCACAGCGACUGAUGGUGAUGGGUUGGUGCAGACUCACAGUGCUGUCACUGCGGAGGGGACACUGGGAACAGCACAGGCCACAGUGCUGUCUGAUGUCCAACACACAGGGACAUCACCCCACUCCUUCACCUGGAUCCCAGCUGAGCCUUUCACAGCCGCUGUGCACCUGUCCCAGGAGGUGACACCAGGCCUGGACGAGGCCACCUCUCCUUUUGUCACAGCAGCCAGCAUCAGAGUGGGGGACACAGAGCCUCCAUCAACCACGUCUGACCAUGUCACAUCUCCUGCUGUGCCAGCAACCACAGGAUCUCCCCAUCAUGAUGGAAUACAGAAGCCAGGGACCGUGAUUCCCCCAGGCACAGCAUCAGAGGCGGUCACCCCUUCUCCUGCCACUGUUGAUGCCAGCGAGCCCACAGUCCCAGGUCUUCCAGCCCCUGGCACAGCUGAAGAUGGGCUGCACAGAGACACUGCCAUCACCCACCCCCAUGUCACCUCCCAGCUCCAUACCAGCACUGUACCAGCUCCAGGCAUGCCAACCACAGCCAUGGAUGUCACCACAGCAUCACAUGUACUCACUGCCCCUUUUCCAGCCCUGGGCAGUGCUGAGACAGCAUCCAUCAGUACUGAAGCAACCGCAGGCACUGCUGUCCUGCAGACUGAGGGCUCCUCGAUGGGGCUGGAUAUGGGGACAGUCCCCAGCAUGGCCCCUGCCGUAUCACCCCCCGAUUACAGCACAGUUGGGCGAAUAAUAGGGUCAGUGACUCUGGGAUUGAGCAGCAGCACACAGACAUCAACAGCCUCAGUCCCAGCUGGAAACCCCACAGUGGAUGUCCCUGCAGCCACAGCCAACACUGAGAGCACUUCUGUGGUGUCAGCACAACCAGAACCAUAUCCUUCUAGUGCCAGCACCACUGCUCAGCUGGGCACAACCACAGCAAUCCACAGCCAUAGCCUUGCCCGGCUGACAGUGAAUAUGGACACCUCCUCAGCUACCAACCCCAUGGCCGGAGAUGCUGUGCUGGGUAACAAAAGGACCAUCCCAGUGUCACCAUCUGCAGUGGGCAGCCAACAUCCUCCCACGUCCCUGGCAUCAGUCACACCACUGUCCCCUGCCCUCAGUCGUGGUGCAGCUGAGCAAGGUGUGAGCAGUCUGGCAGUGGUGGCAUCCUCCGCCACACCGACUGUGGUGGCAUCCAUCACACCCAGUGCCAGUGUCACUGGUCCAGCAGUGGUGGCACCCUCCGUCACACCCAGUGUCAGUGCCACUGUUCCAGCACAGGGAACAGGAGAUGCUUCUCUCAGUAGGGUCACAACACCCUCCUCCUCUGUUCCCAGCAUCUCUCUGGGUCCACACAGCCCACAUGUCACCCCAGGGACACCCAUCAAGGCCACCAGCAGUCCCCGUGACCCAGCCUUGAGGGAUUCCAGCACACACACAUGGGAAGCCACAGCCAUGUCCUGGAAGGACACUGUCCCCUCCAGCAAUGCCGUAACGCCAGCUGGCUCACCCAGCACUGACACCUCCAUGGUGACCAGGCACACCACGGUGUCAUCUCCUACAGCAAAGGUCACCAUCAGUGCCCAGUCCCAUUCUGCCAUGUACGAUGUCCCCACUGCUCUGACAGCGACAAACCACAAGGUCACCUCUGUGUUUGCUGCCAUGUCCAUCCCUGCCAAGGGCACACCAGCAGCCAGCAGCCCUACCAGUGCAGCUCCAGGCUCAGGGGCACAGAAUGGACCAACCACAGCACCAGGGACAUCUGUUUAUGCCACCUCCCAGAAUCCUGUGUCCAAGCCUGGCACUAAGCUCGCCCCGGCAGUGUCACUGUACCCAUUUGGGGCAGCAGAAGGGGACACAGAGUGCGUCCAGAGGACAGUGGACUUUAACUCCCCACUGCUGAGGCCAGAGAUCGGAUUCCCCUUGGGGAAAGCACUGCGGGACACCCUCUACUUUACAGACAAUGGACAAAUCAUUUUCCCACCCACGGACAGCCACGUCCCUUCCAACCCCCACCCCCCAUCCCAGGGCUUCAGUGGCCACGAGGCUUUACCCAUGGUGGCCGCCUUUUGGGAUGAUGCGGAUUUCUCUCGCGGUGUUGGCACCACCUGGUACCAGGAGUACCCCACCCUCGGCUCCAUCCAAGAUCCUGUUGUCCACGACGUGGAAACAAAGAUUCAGAAAUACCUGCAGGUGCCAUACUCUGCUAAAUGGACCCUGAAGGUGACAUGGGAGAAGGCUCCAGCGUACCCGUCCCAUCUGGAUGACACACAGACCAACACAUACCAGGCGGUGCUCUCCACUGAUGGGAGCCGCUCCUUCGCCCUGCUGCUGUACCAGGAUGGUGGCAUGAGGUGGGACUACGCUGGGCUGGCAGCCAGGGAUGUGCUCAUCGGCUUCUCCAGUGGUGAUGGCUAUGCCCAGAACAGCGAGCUGACCAAAGAGCCACCGGCUGUGAGGUACCGUCCAGACCAGCACCACAGCUCCAGCACUGAUGUGCGUGGGCUCUGGCUGUUCCGACUGGACAGCCACAGCCAGGUGAACUACAGGCUGCAGUGCCUGGCAUGGCUGCAGGCACAGCCACCACCAUCCACCUGGAGCAUGGAGCUGCCACCCUGCCCCUGCUCACGGCCCCAGGCAGAGCUGGACCCCCGAUAUCGCCGGAGCAGAAGUGCUGAGUCCCCUCCUGCACCUGGGGUGCCCACUGUACCCCAAAAUACUUCAGAUCUCUUUGUGACAGUGCUGCGCACCACAUCCCCCAGCCGAAUGGGAGCUGGGGUGCGGUGUGUGUACCAUGGCACAGGGUUCUUGGAAGGAUGGUUGGAGAGAUUCUGGAGCCCACCCACCGACCCUUCAGACAAUGGGGAGCUGGAGGCGUUUGAAUGGUGUUGCCAGCAUGUGGGGAAGCCUCAUUUCUGCACCAUGUACAGCGAGAAGAGACCAAGAGUUGGCUGUGAGGGAUAUGUGCCACCCACCAAUGGCAAUGCCUUUGGGGACCCCCACAUCACCACCCUGGAUGGCCUCACCUACACCUUCAAUGCACUCGGGGACUUCGUGCUGCUGCUGGCCAGCGAUGCCCACACCAGCUUUGUGCUUCAAGGGCGCAUGGCCCGCACUGGCACAGCCCAGGCCACCAACUUCAUGGCCUUCGUUGCCCAGUACACCACCACCACCCCCACAACAGUUGAGUGGACCUUGGGGAGCCAUAAUGAGGUCCAAGUUCUGGUGAACUACAAAACCAUUCAGUUUUCUUAUUCCCAAGACAUGGAUGCUGAGGUGUACUACAGCCCUGGUGUCCUGCUGGUCAACACCUCCUCCAUCACGGCCGUCUUUGAUGGGACCAUCUCCAUCUCCAUCUCAGCCAGCUCUGGGAUGCUCAGUGCAGUAUGCAGCCUGCUGGAGCAGUACCACAAUGGCACCAGGGGCCUGCUGGGUGUAUGGAACCACAACCCAGCAGAUGACUUGCAGAUGCCAAAUGGAACCAACAUCCCUGUAAACAGCAGUGAGGAAGAUAUAUUUAACUAUGGGAUGACCUGGUCUGUUGGAGAGAACAGCCUGUUUGCCCAGCCCCUGGCUGCACCAGUAGGAACCUUCAACCCCAUCUUCUUGUCUGAGCUGCUACAGGAGAACCAAAGCCAUUAUCAGCUGGCAGCCUCGCAGUGCCACGGCUGCAGGGAAUGCAUCUAUGACAUGCUGAGCACAGGGGAUGUGGCCCUGGGCCUGGCCACCCAAAGCCUGGUGGAGGACUUCCAGAAGAGAAAGGCAGCACUCAAUGCCUUCCCUCCCAUCAUCACCGGCAGCCCAUUGCUCACAGCAUUCCGGACAGAACGAGUCACCAGGCAGUACCGAGCUGCAGGCCCAGGAGUACGCUUUGUCCCUCAUAUCUCACCACAGCUCAACAUAUCAGAGGACGGCAUGCUGACGUGGGAGCCCCGUGGGACAGCCCCGCUCAGCAUCACCCUGCAGGCUGUCAGCCCUCACCUCCCCCCAGCCCUCCUGCAGCUCAGCUUCACCCUGUGCAGCUGCCGCAGCAUCCAGCAGUGUGACUACAGCAGCACGACCACCAUCGCCAGCUCCUCCUUGCAGCUGGCAGCCUGCAUGUGUGACGAUGGAUAUUGGGGCUCCUUCUGCCAGCACGCACCGGACCCCUGUGCCCAGGGCUGCUUCCCUGGGGUGGGCUGUGACCCACACACCGGCUGUGGUCCCUGCCCACCUGGGCUGACCGGCGAUGGGCUGCACUGUGCAGAUAUUGAUGAGUGUGUGCAGAAGGCGGCAUGUCAGGGGAACCUCACCUGCACCAACACUGUGGGCAGCUAUACCUGCUCCUGCCCCAGCGACACGGCAGGGGAGGGUCUGGGAUGCGGCACUGCCUGCAGGUCCCACUCCUGCCCUGUGGGCUUCUGCAGCAACGGGGGACGCUGCCGCCUGCAUCCCCCCUCCUGUACACCCACCUGUGAGUGUCCCCCAGCAUUUACUGACCAGCACUGCGUGGUGGCAGGAGGGGACUUUCAGCCCCUGGCCAGCACAGACCUGCCCCAGAGGAGCGUGUUGCUGUGGGUUAGUGCAAUGCAAAGUGCCACAGCUGAGGAAGUCAAUGCCACGGUCACAGCCAUCCUGGGCUCCCUGGAAGUGAAGGCGUUUUGGAGGAACACCAACAUCACCUGCAUGACAGCUGAUGGCCUCACCUUUGCUGUGGUGGCCGAAUUUACCUACAACAGCAGCAGCUUUGUCAUCUGGUUCCUGAAUGAGGAGCUGACAGCGGCCAUCACCACUGCUUUCAAUGGGCAGAGGGCACGGCGAGAGGCGGGUGCAAGUCUCCCCUUUGCACACCUACACCUGGACAACAUCACGGACCUGGUGAAAUUAUCAGUCCCUGAGCUGCGGCACUACUUCUCCUGCACGCUGUAUGGCUAUGAGGGUUACCAGCUCGACUACGUGGGGAAUGUCGGAUUGAUCUGCAUCUCCCCCUGCAAGAAGGGCUACUGCCAGCAUGGCGGCCACUGCCAGCACCUGCCUGAGGGUCCCACGUGCAGCUGUGUGCCCUUCUCCAUCUUCUCCCCGGGCGGUGCCCGCUGUGAGCAGCUCGCUGUCAGCCUCGCUGCUUUCAUCAGCAUCUUGGUGGGGGCCCUGGCACUGCUCUGCCUCCUGCUCUCCAUUGCCUGCUUGGCUGCGCAUCUCUGCCGUCGGCGCCAGGAGCUCCAGGGGACCAAAGGGACCUUCUGGAGGCAGCGGCCAUUCUCCUCCCUGAUGAAGGCAGAAGAGGGGGCAGAGGCCUCAGGAAGGCUCUGGGAACCGCAGCUCCGGGCCAUCGAUCCAUCCAUCCAGAUGCGGAUCAAGAGACCCCAUGUCCUGCCUCCAAAUCAACGCACUGUGCAGCCCUAGCAUGCUCUGCUCCCAGUGGUGGGGCAGCAAGAGGGGGCUCUGUGCACAGGAAGGAGAUGGAGCAUACAAGGCUGUGGGAUAUGGCUGUGCCAUGACAAUAUGGGUCACCAAAGCAAUAGGACCUUCUGCUGAGGACCUGAAGAGGUGAUCGGGGCCAUUCAUAGGAGUGUCUACGACAGGGCGUGCACCUGCACCGUGCAACCAGACCCAGCAAUCACACCUUAUUAUGAACAAAACAGAAUAAAAAUGAGAUGAGGGCA